UUUGAAACAGUAGGUGGCGGUAAUGCGCCUCGGACGUCAAGUCACAUCGCGAAGAAGAAGAAGAAACUGACCCACGCGUGUCGUCGCUGGGGCCACACUUUCACCCGAAAGAGAUUGAAAACACGUCGUUUCGGAGGAUUCAACGCACCGAGCGAAGUUGUCAUGUCCUCCUACACUUGCAUCAGCUGCCGAGUGGCUUUUGCAGAUGGCGAGGUGCAGCGAGCGCACUACAAAAGCGACUGGCACCGCUACAACCUGAAGCGCAAAGUGGCCGACAUGCCGCCCGUGACCGCCGAGAACUUCCAGGAGCGCGUCCUGGCGCAGAGGACCGCCGCCGAACAGCAUCUGAGCGACGCGUCGGCCACGGAGGGCUGCACCGUCUGCAACAAGAAGUUCUCCAGCACCAACGCCCACCAAAACCACCUGCAGUCCCACAAGCACCAGCAGGCCGAGAAGCAGGCGCUGCUCACCGCCCAGAGGAAAGUGGAGAAGAUGAACGAGAAAAAUCUGGAGAAGGGACUCGGCGACGAGAAGGCGGAUCGUGACGCCAGGAACGAGGCCCUGCAGCAAGCACUGAGAGAGCAGCAGAGGUCGAACCCGGCCAAGCAGGAGGCGGCCCAGACGUCACAAGUAGCGACGAAGCAGAGGAUGGAGAGGCCGGACAUACCUCCCCGCCUGCUGUGGCUGGAGGAGCAGGCCAAGAGGCGAGAGAGAGAUGAGGGAGCCACCGCCGAGGAAGAAGACUGGGAGGACGUCGAUGGGGAGGGCGACGACGAUGAGAUGGAGGAGGAAGAGGCGGAGGAGGAAGAAGAAGAGGAGACAAUGGAUCAGGAGGAAGGCGAUUCGGCUGCUCCAGCUGACCCCCACCCGUCCGCUCUGCCGGGCUCCAUCCCCGUCACAGAGUGCCUGUUCUGCUCCCAUCACUCAAAGUCUCUCAUGAAGAACGUCGCCCACAUGACCAAAGGCCACGGCUUCUUCAUCCCCGACGUGGAGUUCAUCGUCGACCUCAGGGGCCUCGUUCGUUACCUCGGAGAAAAAGUUGGUGGCGGGAACGUGUGUCUAUGGUGCAACGAGAAGGGGCGUUCGUUUUAUUCGACAGAAGCGGUUCAGAGUCACAUGACGGACAAAAGCCACUGUAAGCUUUUCACCGACGGCGACGCCGCUCUGGAGUUUGCAGACUUCUACGACUUCAGGAGCAGCUACCCCGACAGAAAGGACGGAGGAGAUGGUGACACGAACGACGAAGAGCUGCCCGACGACAAGAACCUGGAGUAUGACGACGACACUCUGGAGCUCACUCUGCCGUCAGGUGCUAAGAUCGGCCACCGCUCCCUCAUGAGGUACUACAAGCAGCGGUUUGGAGCUCAGCGAGCGCUGGUCACCGCCCACAACAAGCACGCCGUCGGCCGAGUCCUGCGGCAGUACAGAGCCCUGGGCUGGGGGGACGGAGGCAACUGCCUCCUCCAUCAGCAGCAGAGAGACAUGCAGUACGUACAGUUGAUGAAGUCCAAAUGGAUGCUGAAGAUGGGCAUGAACAACAACACCACCAGGCAGAAGCACUUUAGAGCCCAGGUCAUGUUCUAAGCCCCGGGACUGCGGGGGAAACCAAUGUGGGUCGAAGCGUGACGUGGACGUGGACACGUCUCCGCUGUUUUCCACGCGACGAGACUCGGGAUGGGAAGAGUCGAGCACAGCUGCAAAAAAAUCUGUGGUUUGCUCGCGCCGUGGGCAGACAAGAAGGACCAGACUGCCUUCGAUCACCGUGUAUCAGUCGUCGUCUAAAUGCAGCCAUGUUGAUUUGAGGUUUUCACGACUGACGCAAAAAACCCGAAUGUUUUACUAUUUUGUAAGAAUUCCCAAGAAAGAGCAGUGACAUAAAAUUUUUCAGACAUUCGGACCGGAGAUCAAGGGCAUAAGUCGCAUUCACAAAAGUUAUGUUGAAUCUAUAGGGAUAAUUUCAAAGCUGCUAUAAGGAUAGAUUACAUCUUCAUUCUGUAUAUGUUAGUAAAAACAUUUAACCGAAUAAACAUAUUUCAUAUUUA